CAAAAGGCCUCUAGCUUCUUCCUAAACUGCCAUUAUAACACACACGUUGUAGAACUGAAUACCUCUUCAGAGGACACUAUUUUUACAGUGACACAAGAACUAAAGCAAACAACAUCAGGAUGUCCAACAAAAAUAAAACAGCAACCGCAAAAUUUUACAGUGAACCAGUAACGGUGGAGGAAUUGUACUCUGGAUACCUGCUCAAGUCGCCCGCUCAACCAGCCCUGACUAAAAACACUAAAUCAUGGAAGCGUCGCUUCUUUGCGCUCUCCAAAACGAGUGAAGACGCCUACCAGUUGACAUAUCAUGCAAACAAUGAAAAGAAAGACAAGCCUUUGGGAGAGAUAGACCUUUCUAAGAUCAGCCUGCUGUUUACUGGGCCUGAGGCACAUCAGAAAUGGGACGGGAUCCAGAAAAACUUCAAGUGUUCUCCAUCCUCUGUGCUGUUCUUGAAGGUGGAAGAAGACACACCAAAACACUCUAGAGACUACUUCCUCAUUGGAGAAAACAGUGAUGAUGUGGGUGGUUGGCUCAAUGCCUUAAUCAAGGUACUGAAGACCAAGAAAUGUCAGGACAACAGAUGUAGAUCAGAAUCUGAACCUGUGAUAAGUUUAGAACCAAAGGUUGAGGAUCAGCCUGAUGACAAAUGGUCAGCACCUGAACUAAUGUUAACUUACCCAUCACCGUACAGCCAUUAUGACUAUCCUCGCAGGCUCAGCGAACCUCCAGUACCAGUAGCGCACAAGAUUCCAGUUGUUGAGGAUGAAGAUGAGAUAGAAGAGGAGGAUGAUUCUUUGGAGGAAAGUGAAUACAUGUCCAUGGAAUCACUGCAAAGAGCUUUGGCAGUUGACCAACAGGAGGCAGACACUACAUGCAUGCAGAAAAAUGAAAUGCAUGCACAUGUUGAGAAGGAGAUCUGCGUUAGUCAAAAUGAUCUGAAAAACAGUCUGAUCUUGACUCAGGCAGAGGGCAAACCAUGUGUCUCUGACUGUCGGAAGAUUCAGGACUUGUGUCUCUUCCAUAAGGGGGAUCAGAUCCUGGCCUUCAAUGACCUGCUUAUAGACACAGUAGAAGAGAUACAGACAUAUUUAGGAAGACUAAGCAAGGAUGAGGUAAAACUCACUAUUCGGCGGCCUACUGGAUCCCAGCCUCUGCACUCUGCACCUUGCCCAUCAUAAUGAAGACAUGAAACAAAAUCUCAUGUGAAUUCAUCACCAUUAAGAUAUUAGAAAUGUAUCUGUGGGACAUUAAAGCUCAUACAUUCGAGUCUAAUCAUACAGGUGGAAAACAAGGUGUAAAUGAAGAACAGAAGAGGAAAAACAGUCAGGUUAUUGAAAGUAACUUGUCUUAACAAGUAACUUUUGACUGUAUAUUAAGCAUGUAAAUAUGUAAAACAAUGUGAAUCUUAGAUUCACUGACCAUAAAAUGUGAAAUUAAUAAUAUUUAGACUAUAUAUGUGCAUGAAACUGUGUUAGUGGUAGUGUUUUUAUUAGUUCACCUGUGUUAAUGUGAAGAACAAGAAUCAAGUAUUACUUUAUAAUAAGUAUAAAGGUUAAUUCACAUUGAAAAAUUACAGUUCCAGCUGUUCAUGUAUUUUAAGUUCUUUAAAGAUGCACUUUUUUUACAAUUCUAACACUAUGAGGUACUUUAUAUACUGUGUAUAUACAACUUCUCUGUCAUUGUGUAUUUUGUUUUGCAAAGCAUUUAAUCAAUAAUGUGUUAGGAGCAAGGUUAAGAGCAUUAUUAUACACUGAUUCAAAUGUUUCAGUCACUUUUUAGAUUGAUGAUUACUGAAUAACAU